AUGGGCGCUCAGGGCCCCGGCUGCGCUCCGCCUAUGCCCGAGGGAGGCUCAGAGGACCGAGGGCCGCGGUCCGCGGCGGGCCCGAAUCAGACACCUCCGGGGCCACGUGGCCCUGAGCCACGAACGGGAGUGGGCAGGGGGGGGCGCCGACAGGGGGCGGGCCUGGAGAGGCCCAGGGCGGGAGGGCGCCGAGACCUCCGCGCCCCUUACCCCAACCCCAAGCCCAGGCAUGCACGCCCGACCGGCCGCUCGGGGUCCCGGAAACACUCCGGGCCCCCGGGCCGGGCCAGGUUUGCUGGCCAGGGUUACUGGUGUGCGGGGACGGGGAGGCUUCGGCCGGGCUGCCGGCCCUGGCCGGCGCGCCCCGUGGAAAGGUGCGGCCGGCUGGCUCGACACGGCACAUCAGAGCGAAAAGGAGGCGCAGCGCAGGGUUUUUAA